AUGAAGAAAAUUUUGAUUCAGGAACUGACGGCGCUGCUGGAGAGGCAGGCGGAGAGAGCCGCCGAGGCCGACAAGCGCCUGGAGCGUUUGGAGAGGCUGCUGUACAGAGAGCCCUCCGCGGGGACCGGGACGGGCACGACGGCCGGAGUGUCAGAGUCGGGGGCUGAGCGAGGCGCUGAGGGAUCCGUUGGACCAGCUGCCGCCGCCCGCCGGACUGUCUGCCUGCCGGCGUCGGCGACCCCGGCCCCGCACCUGAAGUCGGCCUCGACGUGCAAAGCCCGUGUCGAGUGCAGUGUGCGCGACAGUGAGACAGGAGCGGUGAGCAGGCUGGAGGACUCUGAGCCGACGCUCAGACACGCCGUGACACACGCCGGCGGAGACACGUGUCGCGCCGCUGGCGCCAUCUGUCGUGCGUGUGGCGAACCAGGACAUUUUGAGGUGGUGUGCCACCAGAGGGCCAGCACCACAGCGGUGGCGCCAUCUGCAGUGACGAGAGUACGAGACUCUCCGGGGGUGGCGCUAGUAGCGGUAGCCGCCGGCACCGCCGUGUCACCGCCGCCGGCGGACACGGGCCAAGCCGGGCACACUGCGCUGCAGCCCACGGAGCUGAGUGACGCUGCUGACGCCUACGGAGCCUCGCCGCCGCCGGCGGGAGCGCAGUCUACCAGGCCGGCUGCCGCCUACGGAGCCUCGCCGCCGCCGGCGGGAGGCCUACCCACGCGGACCAGGGACGGAGGUACAGCCGCCGGCUACGCCGUGUCGCCGCUGCCGGGGGACACCAGCCAAGCCGACUGUUGUGCGGCACAGCCCACCGAGCUGAGUGAGACUACUGACGUCUACGGAGCCUCGCCGCCGCCGGCGGGAGGCAUGCCAACUCGAAGCACGGAUGGAGGCCCAGCCGCCAGCACCGCCGAGUCGCCGCCGCCGGCGGGCACCGGCCAAGCCGGCUGUAGUCAUGCGGCGCAGCCUACCGAGCUAACUGACGCCUACGGAGCCUCGCCGCCGCUGGCGGGAGACCUGCCAGUACGGAGUGGGGACGGAGACCCGUCCGAACAAAUGGUAGCGGCUCACGCCGCCGCGCUCCUCCGUACGCCGCAGGGAUGCGUGCCCGCCGGUGGCAAGUCCGACCGGCGCGGUGACACGAACCUCGGUGACACCACCCUCCACUCGGUCGAGGUGGUGGAUGACCUGCUCGGCCCGACCGUCGAUGACGAGGUGUGGGAGGACGCUGAGGACCCGCUUCACGCAGCUGCCGUCGCAGCUAUGCUCGCUGAGCGGGAUACGGAGUGCGACGCGCGUCUGCCGCCGCUCGUGGACCCGAGUCUAAGGGUGACCAGAGCCGCCGGUGACCGCGACCCGUGGCCGCCACCGACACCGGAGCGACGCCUGCCGCGGACCUCCCCGUGCGACGGGGGGCGCGUCCGCUGCAAGAAGCGCCCGAGACGCCGCGGAAGAGAGCGCAGGCGCCGCCGUCUGCACCGCGCUGCGGUGGCCUUGUGCGCCCGGACCCCGGAGGGCCUGCUGUGGCGCCUUGGGGUGAAGACGAUGUGA